GAAGUUUUUACUCCUUCUGGUCUCGGCAACUGGAGUGAUGUCACUGACCUUGCAUGAAAUAGACAAAGAAUGGUUCACUUUCAAAGUGAAAUUUAACAGGACAUAUGAUACAAGGACUGAAGAAAAUUAUAGGUACACCGUGUUUACUGAAAAUCUAAAAUCCAUCUUGGUACAUAAUAUGGAAGCGGACAAGGGACGCUAUACAUUCUGGUUGGGCGUAAACCAGUUUUCUGACUUGACAUCCAGAGAGUUCAACAAAAUCUAUGCAAAUCUGAGAGUUGAUGCCAAUGUACCACAGAGACAUACAUUUGCAAAGAAUAAAAUAAAACAUGACAACAAUAACGUAUCAUUGCCAAGAGAAAUUGACUGGAGGAAGACAAACUGUGUGACACCUGUUAAGAAUCAGGGUUUAUGCGGUAGCUGUUAUGCAUUUGCAGCUACUGGAGCUCUUGAGGGUCAGAAAUGUCUGAAAAAUGGCGCUCUAGUGUCUCUGUCAGAACAGAAUAUUAUAGAUUGCACGAGCAACGACGACUACGGUAGGUAUUUAGCUGAAAUAAUUAAACAAUUAAACUGACAGUUCAACUCAUCU